AUGGCGAAACCCCUCUUAGUAACCCCCAAAUCCCCACACACAUUCAACCACCCCCUCUUAACCUUCCCCCCCAUAACAGCCGCCUCCUUGGACCGCACUCCCCCCCCCCCUUUCUUCCUCCACACCCCUGCCCCACCCACGCUGCUGGCGGGGUCUCUGCUGGCGGGGUCUCUGCUGGCGGGGGUCUCUGCUGGCGGGGUCUCUGCUGGCGGGGUCUCUGCUGGCGGGGUCUCUGCUGGCGGGGUCUCUGCUGGCGGGGUCUCUGCUGGCGGGGUCUCUGCUGGCGGGGUCUCUGCUGGCGGGGUCUCUGCUGGCGGGGGUCUCUGCUGGCGGGGUCUCUGCUGGCGGGGUCUCUGCUGGCGGGGUCUCUGUUGGCGGGGUCUCUGCUGGGGGGGGUCUCUGCUGGCGGGGGUCUCUGCUGGCGGGGUCUCUGCUGGCGGGGUCUCUGCUGGCGGGGGUCUCUGCUGGCGGGGGUCUCUGCUGGCGGGGUCUCUGCUGGCGGGGGUCUCUGCUGGCGGGGUCUUUGCUGGCGGGGUCUCCGCUGGCGGGGGUCUCUGCUGGCGGUGUCGCUGCUGGCGGCUGGCGCUGGUGCUGGUGCCUGGUGUCGGUGCUGGUGCUGAUGCUGGCGGACGUCCCGCCGUCACCCCUUUCCCCCUUUUCGCCUCCCCCCCACAGCGCUCCGCCGCCACUCCCUUCCCCUCCUCCCUCUCCCCCCCAAAGCGACCGCCGCUGCACCUGCGAACACGCGGGGAUCUGACGGCGGGUAGUGGGCUGGCUAGCGCGUCGGUUGGCGAGGUGGCUGGUGGUCCGCCGCCAUGCCCUUCCCCCUUCCCCCUCUCCCCCCAUAUUGCGACCGUCGCUGCACACGCUUACAGCCGCGACGUUGGGUGA